UUUAUAGAAGUUGUGAGGGAGGUGUAUCUGAUCUCUGUAUUUAACUCUUCCAUCGUUUGUGAGUGCUUUCACAUCUCGUAGGGAGAGGAAUGAUGAAGCGAAGAUGAACGCAGAGCAAGGGAGGGGGUGGAACAGAAACUCCCUCACCCCGACACACACACAUGUACACGCGCACACACGGACACAUAUCAUGUUUACUCUACUUGUACACAAGUAUACAUGUCCUCGGGGCCUCACACUUUCCUCGGACCAACACAACUGCACUAAACCGUUAUUGCAUGUCGGAGUGACUGAGUAUAGAUGUGGUCCUAGUCGAUGUGUGGUGCGUGUAAAGGUCAGUAAUCAGCACAUACCCAUCAGAAAAAGCUGGUACAGCUUCAAAAAGACAUUUUGCUGACUCACGGGCUGCAACUCUGCAAGGCGAGGUAACUCUGCGUGUCAUUCGCUGGUCGUCUGCUGAGCGAUUGUUUUGGAAUUGAGAGCAGCCCUCAACUUAUCGGAAAAUGUCAGUUAGAAAAAAAUAAUCACAUGAAAUAGAUAUGUGGAACCCGCUGACAACGUGCUCAAGCCAACUCCAGGUGUGUAACAGGUGUGCAUGUGCUGAUACCUGCAUGUGAACAGACGAGCGAUAACCGUAGCCUAGAACACAAACAGCGAGUUCACGAACUUCUCUGCAUUUAUAGUUGAUUAAUGAACAAACAACUUCUUAUGUGUGUGUGUGUGCAAGAGGGGGAGAGAGAGAGACUGCACAAGGUCCAGAUUACAAAAAUAAUUCAGUGACAAACUAAACCAACCUUUAUCGUGCCCCCACCGGUCUGAGGACAAAGGUCACACUCACCUGUCACACUGCACUACGUGUGGGGAUUGCUGGGACGCGUCUAGGCGUGAUUGUGUCUAGAUUGUGUCUAGGUGACAAUCAAAAAGAAAAGGGUCCACCUUGCAAUGUUCACAAGGUUUGCGCGUGCAAGAUUUCUCUUACAAUAGCUUGUGCAACACGGUUGUCCUCCCAGGCAGCGAGGUGACAUCCUGUAGAAUCUCCUUCACUUCUAAAAAAUAUGGAGCGCACAGAAAAUGAAGGUCCUCCACUGGUAGAAGUGGAGGGGAUGUGGUUUUUCAAAACUUUUGAAACUAAUCGACCAAUGAAAGAACAGAUUGACUACAUCCGGGGACUUGAUCUUCGCGACGACGACGUGCUGAUAUGUGCCUUCGCCAAAUCAGGUACCCACUGGACGUGGGAAGUGGUCAGCAUGCUGAUGGCCGGCAAGGUGGAGUACCGGAAGCAGGCGAAGGAGACGGUGAUGCUGGAGGCGGUGGAGCUGGAGGGUGUCGAGUCCCUCCCGUCCCCCCGAGUUCUAAACACUCACCUGCCGGUCAACAUGCUUCCCCGCCAGGUGAAGGACAAGAAAGGAAGGAUCAUCUUUGUCUACCGAAACCCUAAGGACAUCGUUGUGUCAUUCUACUUCCACGUCAGUCAAGCACCCGGAUGCUCUACCUUGACUCUUCAGGAAGUAGAAGAGACCUUCUCGACAGAAAGACCUCCAUUUGGAACCUUCUUCAAAUACAUGAAGGAAUGGGAUGCUUUUAUUAAAGAAAACCCCGAUUUGCCAAUUUUCAAAGCUUCUUAUGAGGACAUGAAAGAGGAUCCCGUGGGCUCCGUCAGAGAGCUGUCCGAGUUCCUCGGGGUGAAUGCCCCCCCGGAGCUGUGUGCAGCCAUUGCUGACGCAUGCGGCUUUCAGAAGCUGAAGCACGCAGCAGAGAAGAUGAAGGAAAUAUCUCCACACUUCAGCCGCCCGGACAAUCCGCCAGUCAAACUAUUCCGGAGAGGUGAGGUGGGCGACUGGAAGAAUCACCUGACGGUGGCCCAGAGUGAACGUCUGGAGGCCGCCAUUAAUGAACAGCUGGACGGAUGUGAUUUUAACUUCCGGUACACGCUGUAGGCGGGUGGAAUAGAUAAUUAGAUCAUAUGUACAUUUAUCGGUUAUCUUUUUAAAAAUAGAAAUGGCUGUUUUCUAGACUGGAUAGUACAGUUUGUAAACAGUGAUCAUGUUUCUAUUCAACUUCCAGCGUUCAACGAUUUUAAUGCUCUCUCUCUCUCUCAAAGAACAACUACAUCUUGUGUCUACAUGUUUACUACUCGUAACUCUACAUCUUAUAAAUCUGCAGAAUAUAAUGAUUGAAGCCUAUUAUACAUUUUAAUUAUGCUAUUAUAAUUGCUGGCCUAUGCAUAUUUUUUAACAUUUUUGCUGUCACAUGCACACACGGCUGCUGAGUUGUUGAUUGAAAUAAAAACAGAGACUGUCAAAAUUUGAACUUGUCAA